AUGAGGAGAGAACCAAACUCAGCUUUUCCUGAAUCAAGAAAAGGGCCUGAUGCCACCGAGGCUGGGAGAAGAAGUGAACAGUGCGAAGUAACCGUGCAGAAGAGCCUGGGAGACAACGACGUUCUCUCUCCAGAUGUGCAGCGUCAGCAGUUCAGGCAGUUUCACUACCAGGAGGCCGAGGGGCCCCGAGAGGUGCAGGAGAGGAUGGCACAGGAGCAUUACCAUGGAGCAACCUUUCCAGGUGAUGCCAUCAAACCUAUGAUGGAGAAUCAUGAUGGAGGAAAAGCGGCCUCUGUGCAGCCAGAUCAGAAGGACUUCUGCUUCUCCAACCUGAUUCCAUAUCCCCAGUGGAAGAAGCAGGAGAUCCACUUGUCCAAGACGCAGAAGAACCAGAGGGAUCAGCAGGUCUUACCAGCGUUUCUCUUUAUUGCAGGGGCUGAUGUUCGCCAGAAAAAGCCCAAGGGUGAACCACAACACCUCCUUUUUGCUGAAAAGCAUCAGAAAAGAAACGCUGGAACAAAACGGAAGAGGGGGAAGGAAUGUGCUGCUUCUCAGGCUGCUGAAUCCCAGGUGUUUAAUCCACAGUGGAGAAUCCACACUGGGGAGAAACCUUAUAAAUGCUUGCAGUGUGGAAAGAGCUUUGCUGUCCGUUCAAACCUUACUACCCAUCAACGUAUCCACACUGGGGAGAAACCUUAUAAAUGCUUGCAGUGUGGAAAGAGCUUUGCUGUCUGUUCACACCUUACUACCCAUCAACGUAUCCACACUGGGGAGAAACCUUAUAAAUGCUUGCAGUGUGGAAAGAGCUUUGCUCGGCGUUCAAAUCUUACUGUCCAUCAGCGUAUCCACACUGGGGAGAAACCUUAUAAAUGUUUGCAGUGUGGAAAGAGCUUUGCUGAGCAUUCAAGUCUUACUGUUCAUCAGCGUAUCCACACUGGGGAGAAACCUUAUAAAUGCUUGCAGUGUGGAAAGAGUUUUGCUCAGCGUUCACACCUUACUAUCCAUCAGUGUAUCCAGACUGGGGAGAAACCUUAUAAAUGCUUGCAGUGUGGAAAGAGCUUUGCUCGGCGUUCAAGCCUUACUAUCCAUCAGCGUUCCCACACUGGGGAGAAACCUUAUAAAUGCUUGCAGUGUGGAAAGAGCUUUGCUCAGCGUUCAAAACUUACUACCCAUCAGUGUAUCCAGACUGGGGAGAAACCUUAUAAAUGCUUGCAGUGUGGAAAGAGCUUUGCUCGGCGUUCAAGCCUUACUAUCCAUCAGCGUAUCCACACUGGUGAGAAACCUUAUAAAUGCUUGCAGUGUGGAAAGGACUUUGCUCAGAGUUCAAGUCUUACUCUCCAUCAGCGUAUCCACACUGGGGAUAAACCUUAUAAAUGCUUGCAGUGUGGAAAGAGCUUUGCUCGGCGUUCAAAUCUUACUAUCCAUCAGCGUAUCCACACUGGGGAGAAACCUUAUAAAUGCUUGCAGUGUGGAAAGAGCUUUGCUUCGAGUUCAGAGCUUAUUAGUCAUCACCGUGUCCACACUGGGGAGAAACCUUAUAAAUGCUUGCAGUGUGGAAGGAGCUUUGUUCGGCGUUCAAGCCUUACUAUCCAUCAGCGUAUCCACACUGGGGAGAAACCUUAUAAAUGCUUGCAGUGUGGAAGGAGCUUUGUUCGGUGUUCAAGCCUUACUAUCCAUCAGCGUAUCCACACUGGGGAGAAACCUUAUAAAUGCUUGCAGUGUGGAAAGAGCUUUGCUGUCCGUUCAAAGCUUACAACCCACCAGCAUAUCCACAAUGAGUAG